GUCACAGAAUAGGAGACGACUCGUUUGACACGUCAGCAGAAAGCAAAGCCACAGGAGAACCACGUCCUUCUCUCCCCCUUCCCUAUCCAAUCCGCUCUUCUCUUCCCCACUGGUUUCCUGUGAAGCGAGAAGCUCUGCUGCUCUCCCACUCUCCAAGCGUGAAAAUCCGAGCCGGUAAAACGCACAAGGCGUGAGCGAGAGAGAGAGAGAGAGAAACCUCAUCACUAGCAGAAUCACGGCAAUGUCGUGAAAGUUGAGGAACGCCGUUACGGAUUCCUCUUUUUUUUUUUUUUUUUUAAUUCCUCGAGGGAACGGGAGAGCGUAGGGAAGAAGCAGGUCGAGAAUGGAGUGUAUCGGGGCGCGGAACAUGGCGAUCACGGCGGUGUUCUCUUUCCCCACGGCAACGUCGAGCCGGAGAUUGCAGCUGAGUUAUCGCCCUCCUCCUCUUCAUUUUCCUCCCGCCGCCGCCGCGGAUGAGAAGCGGAAGAAAAUGUGCUGCAAGGAGCUGAGAAUUGCGAGCGGCGGCGCAGGGAGCGAGAGUUGUGUGGCAGUUAUUGAUGAUUUCGCCGACGAGGAGGAUUUCGUCAAGGCCGGUGGCUCCGAGCUGUAUUUCGUCCAAAUGCAGCGGAAGAAAGACAUGGAUAAACAGUCCAAACUUGCUGAUAAGUUACCGCCUAUAACAACCAGAGGCGAAGUACUGGAUUUGGUGGUGAUUGGUUGUGGUCCAGCUGGGCUGGCACUUGCGGCAGAAUCGGCCAAGUUGGGAUUGAAUGUCGGGCUAAUUGGACCUGAUCUUCCUUUUACUAACAAUUACGGCGUUUGGGAGGAUGAAUUUAAAGAUCUUGGUCUUGCUGGAUGCAUUGAGCACGUCUGGAGGGACACUAUUGUAUAUCUUGAUGAUGGAGAUCCCAUUAUGGUUGGCCGCGCCUAUGGCCGAGUUAAUAGAGACUUGCUUCAUGAAGAAUUGUUAAGAAGGUGUGUCGAGUCAGGUGUUUCAUAUCUUAACUCGAAAGUGGAAAGUAUAGUUGAAGCAACUGAGGGACACAGUGUUGUAGUCUGUGAGCAUAAUGUUCUUGUUCCGUGCAGACUUGCCUCUGUUGCAUCAGGUGCAGCUUCAGGAAAACUCUUGGAGUACGAGGUAGGAGGCCCGAGGGUCUCUGUUCAAACUGCAUAUGGCGUGGAAGUUGAGGUGGAAAACAAUCCAUAUGAUCCCAGUCUGAUGGUUUUCAUGGAUUACAGAGAUUACACUAAGCAAGAUCCUUCAUCACUGGAAGCUCAAUACCCAACAUUCCUCUACGUUAUGCCCAUGACCUCCACGAGAGUCUUCUUUGAGGAAACAUGUUUAGCAUCAAAAGAUGCCAUGCCGUUUGACUUGCUAAAAAGAAAGCUCAUGUCGAGACUAGAGACCAUGGGAAUCCGAAUUUUGAGAACUUACGAAGAGGAAUGGUCGUAUAUUCCAGUUGGCGGUUCCUUACCAAACACGGAGCAAAAGAACCUUGCAUUUGGUGCUGCUGCUAGCAUGGUACAUCCAGCAACAGGCUAUUCAGUAGUGAGAUCAUUGUCAGAGGCACCCAGCUAUGCUUCGGUCAUUUCAAACAUACUAAAACAGGACCAGUAUAAUGGCAGCCUUGGUCAGAGAACAAGUAAUGCAAACAUCUCGAUGCAAGCUUGGGAUUCUCUGUGGCCUUUGGAAAGGAAACGUCAAAGGGCAUUCUUCCUCUUCGGAUUAGCGCUUAUAUUGCAGCUGGACAUUGAAGGCAUCAGGACCUUCUUUCGUGCUUUCUUUCGCGUGCCUAGAUGGAUGUGGCAGGGAUUUCUUGGUUCGAAUCUAUCGUCAGUGGAUCUCAUGCUGUUCUCCUUUUAUAUGUUUGUUAUUGCACCAAACGAAAUGAGGAUGUCCCUUGUCAGGCAUCUACUCUCCGAUCCAACUGGAGCGAUCAUGAUAAGAACAUAUCUCAACAUAUAAGCUCUCUCUCUCUCUCUCUCUCUCUCUCUCUCUCUCUCUCUCUCUCUCUCUCUCUCUCUCUCUCUCUCUCUCUCUGAUGUUUACGCUUCUCCUGCUCUGUGUUUCUUCUGGUUCACCCCUACCCUCUUUAGAGCUAUAUCUUAUGUAGAGAUUUCAAGUUUGUAUAGUUAAUAGGACUGACUAUGUGGUGGCACCCAGCCAAAAUGAUGUUUCAGUUUUGUAACUGAAGACUGAAUUAGUGUGAAUAUAUAAUGUCGUAAGUUUGUCAUUGUAACAUGAGAAUAUGUUUUUUUUUUCCCCUUCUUUUUCUUCUGUGGGAUGAGAAUAUGUUUUACGUUUCAACUUUUUCCGGUCAAAAUAUUAUUCAUUCUGCGUAGCAUAAUUUCACUUUUGGGCGUAUCAUGGUAACUUUUCAUAGGUCAUCUAUAAUAAAGCAAUGAAAAGAUAUGCUAACAUUGCCAGUUCAUUAUUUUCACUGGAUUAUACUAAUCGAAUAAAUAAAGAAAGUACUUGGCUGUUGUGACUUGAUUUAUUAGAGGAACUCGGUCAUUAGAAACCAGGGUUUGGCACAGAACAAUAGGUUUUUUCUCAUAUGGCCUGGAGCAUUUGGCAGCACGACUUGGAGAAGAGAUAUUGGAGGUGCAUGUUGGAUUUUGCUUAGGUUUUAACUAGGGAACAUAUCUUUUUAUGCUUGAAAUUUUACAAACCUAAAAUGAAACACUUUUAUGUGAAAAUUUGGGUCUUGAAGAUGAGGAAGACCGCCUCGACUUCAUGACUAGAAGUCGCCAAGGAAUCGAACUUAAUGAAGCCAAAAUCUUGAACUUGUGAACCACCUAUUGAUUGAAAUCUAUUUGAGACCUUCAGAAUGAAGGUUGGCUUGGUCGAAAAUAUUUGAGAGCUCAGACAUCUUUCUAUUGCCAGGAGUUUCACGUACUUUUGCAGUGGUAUGAGAGAAGGGAAAAGAGAAGCAUAUGAAUUAUGAAGACUUAGAGAGAGAAAAUAGAGAAGAAGUAAUCAAUGUAUAUUGUUCUUUAUCUCCCAUCAAUUAGGGAUUAGUUAGUUUGCUAACCCCUUUAUAGGGUUGGAAAAAUGACACCACCUAUUAAUUAUAGUUAAUCAUGGUAUUAAAAUCGUGUUGCAUUUAAUAAUCUUUGAGAAUUAAAAACACAUAUUAAUUACAUUUUUUAUUUAAUUACCAUUGCACUGAUACAACUAUCAUUGUACCUGUACACUGAAUUCAUAUUAAUUACAUUUCUUUUUUUAAACUACCAUUACACUAAUACAACUACCAUUGCACAUGUACAUUGAUAUCAUUGCAUUGAAAAAAGAAAAGUAAUUAAUAUGAAUUUUUAAUUCAGACAGAUUAUUUAAUACAACAUAAAUCAAUUACCUUAAAAGCCUAUAAUUAAUAGGGGGUGUCAUUUUUCCGACCCAUUUAGGAGUAGUCAUGCUAUCUCACCCUCAUCGAUUACUCCUUUGAUGUUGUGAUGAGCAUCAUGACAUGACGACAUUAAACCUUUAGCUUGUGU